GAGGUUCCACUUCGUUGCUUUCUUAUGGAACGCCAAGGAUGAACAACAAUUCGCUGAGAAUGUUAUUUGUUGCGGCUUCACUUGUAUUUCUGGCCGUCACCUCAGAUGGUGCGAGGCAAGAAAGUUGCGAGUUCAGGACCAGGUGCGUGGCCGCCGACUCCUGCCCCGAACCGACACCUAUCGCCUCACCGGACGACUACAAUGCGGAAAGGUCCCGGGGGAGAACGCACCACAGCGGUAAAGAGGUUAUGCGGGUAUGUUGUGACGCCGACCUGUCCAAUCUCACGGCAUCGCUUCCGGUCUCCGCUUCCGAGGACGCGGUUCUCAACGACGACCCGCUGUUACCUCGCCCGUGUGGCUCAGGAUUGAGAUUAAAGCGUGAAUAUGCUGCUCCUGGGGAUUACCCGUGGCAAGCCCUUCUCGGAUAUUCAGAUUCGUCGCCAGGAGCCAGAAGUCCUAUCUGGGGCUGUGGCGGAGCGCUCAUCACAAACCGCCACGUUCUCACAGCCGCUCACUGUAUUGCCAAUGAGAACGUGAACGGCAGAAAGCUAGUGGCCGUGCGGUUGGGUGAAUUCAACCUGACUACGACCAUAGACUGUGUCGCUGGUUUAUGUUCUUUGCCUCACGAAGACUUCUUACCGGAAACCGUGAUCAUUCACCCUCACUUUGGCACUCCUUCUCCUCGAGCGAACGACCUCGCCCUUGUAAUACUCGAUAGAGAAGCUCCUUUUCGACUCGGUCUGUCGCCCAUCUGCAUACCCCGUGAGGACCUACAGCUGGAGUCCUUUUAUCGCUAUGGUGGCUUAGAGGUUCCUGGGUGGGGCACUUCGGGGCUUCGAGGACCAGCUUCCGAGGCCUUGCAAAGUGGUUCGGUUACGCUCGUGAGCCUUGGCCUGUGCAAAGGGCGUGCGGCGCAGGAGGAAAUGGUAUUCGUCGAGGGAAAGCCUACAGGAUUUGGAGACCCUUGUUUUGGGGACAUGGGAGGUCCCUUGGCGACGGAGUUCGGGCCUAACAUAUUGAUUGGCAUACACGCAUUCGGUAAUGUGUGUGAACUGGCUGCAUACACCAACAUAGCAAAAUACAGACCGUGGAUUAUGGAGAACCUGUUAUUAGAUGUAAAAGGGAAGUCUUCUGCCUGAAUUUCUGAAUUUUAUGGUAGUUGGAGUCGUUUUUGCUUUGCUUUCUUAUUAUGAUUAGUUAGUAAUGAUACACUAACAUAAUGAAGUAUUUUGAGAAUUUGUUGAUUGCUCUUUUGUCGUAAUCCUUAUUAUUGUUACUUUUAUCAAUACCAUUAUCAUCCUUGUUUUUAUCUUCAUUCCUAUGAAAUCCUUGGAAAUAUUUAGAUUGCCUUAAUAUAGUUGAACUUGAACUUGAGUUUCAAGUGAUAUCCCACAAACUUGAAUAAAGCAUUACUAACAAU